UGUUGUAAAACUAUACACACUUUUUCUCUCGUUGACGUUCACGUUGUUAUAAUCAACUUUCUAAUGUGACGUCACAAUCAGCAUUGGAGAUUUGCAUAAUUACCGAAUUAGUCCAGGGUUGACGUUUGGUGGUUAAUAGUUUGAUUAGACAAUCAUGAAGAAAGCAAGGAGAGGAAGUAAAGCGGGCAAAAAAACAGGAAUAAAGGAGGUUACUGAAACAAAUUCACAAAUUUUAUCAGCAGCUGGGAAAUGGAGAGGGAAGACUCUAGAAUCACCACUAGAGGAAAAACCACCAGAAGAUGAUGUACGUCGCAGGUUUUCUAUUGAUGCAGAUGUUCUAAAAAAUAUUCAACAUAAACAUGGCCCAAGGAAACAGAUGUCUAAGAUUGAACCCACUGUAGAAAAUUAUUGUGUGAGGAAAUUUAAACCUAAAGAAAAUGUUAUCAAGACGGUGAUUGUUAUGAAACCAGUAAAUUCUGACAGCGAAGUUACUGUUAGACCAAUGGAAUUUGUCAUAAAUUACACAGGACCAAGAUUUACAGGUGAUGGGAAGUUCAUAUCGCACAGCAUUCUGGGAAGUCUGGAAGAUUUUGAAUCAGAAGCUAAGAGAAGGGGAGAAAACCUUCAUAUGUUAAAGACCAUCCCACCAGCAGGAGAUUUUAAGAAAACAAGUAAAAAAUUAAAAGCUUGCCAUUCUCUGAGAAAGUGGAAUACAAGAAUGGAGGAAUGGAAUAAAGCCCAAAACUAUCUGUCUAGUAAAUUACAGAGACCAAUAGAAGAUUUGUUGAUGAGAACAGCCAACAUUUAUCCUGCCUGGGUUGACAGUAGGGUAGAAACUCUUGAGGCUUUACAAGCUACAGUCUCUGGAUAUGGUAAGUCAGUCAGUCAGUCAGUCAGUGAAAAACGUGUGAAUUCUCAGUUUUGGAAACAGCACUCAAAAUGUGGACAUGAUGAUGAAACAGCAAUAUGGACAACAUUAAAACAAAGUGAAACAGGGGAUUGCUGUCCAAAAGAAUUUAGACAAGUUCCAGACCAGAUCAAUGUGGAAAAAGACAAAGGAAAGAUAAUUCUAGAAAGAUCAUACAAGCCGUAUUACACAGACUAUCUUAACCAACAGAGGGAAAAUGUCAAAGAUGUGAUCCACAUACUGAAUCCACACCAUCCUGAUCUUGCUGAUCUUAUGGUUAAAGGUAAAGGUCAAAGCCAAAAACCUACAGCGCCAUCUAUUCAAGAAGAGACAGGUCAAGGACGCAUAACUCUUCAUCGUACAGUUUCUAUGACAGAGUUCAGUAAUCUUGAUCAUAAGAGUGAAAAUGAUAGCUUCAAAGGACCAGCAUUAGCCAUCGGUCAGCAAAUAUUGACCUGGAAAAAACUUCCAGGGGAAAACCCUUUACAACCAUUGACCUUGACCUUUAGAUCAGGACUAGGUCAGAUUCAAAUAAAGAAAAUACAAAUGAAGAAUUGUGGAAGUACACUUGUGCGUUAUUAUUGGGAGAAAGUUCCAGUAGAGAAUCCAUUUGGAUUUGUGAAGCGAAGACUUCAGCAGUAUUAUUUCUUCACAGAAGAUGGUAUUUUACCACCAGGGGGAGAUAUACAGCUUCCCGUCUUGUUCAAGUCAGAUUUUCCUGGAAACUUCAAAGAAAGAUGGAAGUUGAAGACUCGUCCUGUUCUUUGUGGUGGAGCAGAUAUCUUCAUCAACUUUAGAGGCAUAGCUUGUGAGCCUAUGAUACAUCUGGAUGGUGUUGCAGAGAUUGAGAAAAAUUUGAUGCAGAGAGAAAAGACAAAUAUAAUUAACUCCUCCAUACAAACAAUCACAUCAAGCAUCAAGACCCCUGAAAGGUUAUCACCCAUAAUAACCUAUUUGACCCCAGAAGAAGAGUUUAGCCAGUCGUAUCCAGGGCUUUUCUACCACAGUGGUAAACUACAAGAGAUGGAGGUGUUAUAUGAUUCUGUAUGUAACAGCGAUCUGAUAUCAAUAAAACCAGAGGAAUCUUUUACAGUUCACAAUAUGACACAGUCAAUAUGUAUGCUGGAUUCAAUGGAAUUACCAUCUGAAGAUCAUGAUCAUUACACAGAGAUUUUAGAACAGAAGUAUGACAAACAACUUGAGUUUACAAAUGAAUACACUGCUCUGACUACAGACAUGUCGUUUAAACAUCUUGUACCGUACACCAACUUAAACCUGCAACAUAAUUUUAUAUGCCAGCAAGUGCUUCAUGAUAUGAUAGAGAGUUUCACCCACUCAGCCUAUAUAAUGACCUACAAAACUGGUUUUCCUGUCCCUCCACUGGAACCAGAGGAAACUAAUGAGGAAAAAAUAGAUAAAAAGAACAAGAGGAGAAAUUCUAUCCAAACAAAAAAUAAAAAAGGGAACGACCAGAAGAAUAACUUAUCACCCUCACAUGGUAAGCAAAUGGCCUCCUCAGCAUCGAAAAGCAGAAAGAAAGGAGCUGGGUCCCCUCAGAAAGAUGUCCUCCCUGUAGCCACCCCUCUUCCUCCCCAACACCUGGAAUUGGAAAGUUUUAGUCCACUUUUAGAAACAGCAUCACCUAAACAGCUGUCCAGUUACAGAGAAAAGCUAUAUAUACAGGGCUAUUCUAUAUUACAAGAAGCUAUAGAUAGAAUUGAAUCAAUUUUCAAUGACUUGGAAGAAACCUCAUACAGGCAGAUGUAAGAUUGGAAUAAAUUUUCAUAGAUGUAGAAGAUACUUCACACAGACAGAUGUACCAAUGGAUAUAAACACAAAACUUGACAAACUUGUAAAAACAUGUGAUAUAACUUCAACAGAUGAAGGAUAUUUACCUUGCUCAGAUUUUAUACUUUGUUUUCAAUAAAUAAAUAAUGUGAUUGA